AUGACUCAGUGCGCGCUAGUGACUGGAGCAGUGAGUCCGCUUGGGAGAGCAAUUGUUGAGCGGCUUGGCUUUCUUGGAUACAGAGUCGCAGCGGCUGACAGCAAAAGUCUACUGGAUGGUGUUGAGAAUCGAUUUCGAAAGCCAGGCCGAGAGGUGAUUCCCGUGGAAGUUGACCUAAAUCGACCCGAUCAUCGGCAGAAAUUAUUCGAAAAGGUCGCCUCAUCAAUCGGACAAAUUGACAGCCUAAUCGUUGUGCCGGGACAAAAUCAGUUUCAUGGUGCUGGGACGAUUGUCGAGACGUGCGCCGGAGCGCUUGAUAAAACUUUCACUCAAUUCGUCACCACACCUUUCCGGAUAGUGCAACAGGGAUUGCCGUAUUUGGCGAAAUCGAAAAACGGAAGCAUCGUGUUUUUCGGCUCAAUUGCGGGUUUCCAGCCGAUGCUCGACAUUGGAGUGUACAGUGUCGCCUCGUCAGCCGUCUUGGCGCUAACUAAAGCAGUUGCUGAGAGUGGAGCGCAAAGUGGUGUUCGUGUGAAUGCGGUGAUCUCGGGAAUGAUUGAUGGUGACGGAUCGUCGGCUGUUUGGGACUCGAAUCGACGAGAUCUCGGCGAGGAUGAGCAAAGAAAAGCUGAGGCGCACGAGUCGAUAUCGCAAAUGAUCCCGCUCGGGCGACCGGGAAAACCGAAAGACGUGGCAAACGCGGUCGAAUUUCUGAUAUCCCCGCGAGCCAAAAACUUUAUGUUGAUACGAAGAUUCUCGUCAACAGCGUGCCGAUUGUUGACUGAAAGGAAGGUGUGGGCGAAUCAACCGCAGAAAAUCCCCGAUCAGGAAUUUGCGACGAGAAGAGAGCGGCUCAUCGAGAAGAUUCGACGAGAUCAUCCACAGGCAAAAGAAAAAGAAGUGCUCAUCGUUUUGAAAGGCGCUCGCAAGUACUACACGGGACCUGAUGUAGCGGGCACGUAUCGACAGUGCUCGAAUUUUCGCUACUUAUCCGGGGUGACAAGUCCGGAUGCUUUUUACACUAUUCACGCUUCAAAGGAGAAUAAAAUCGACUCGUUGUUGUUUCUGCGAAAACGCACUGCUCACGAGGAGCUCUGGGAUGGCCCUUCGCUGAGCGAUGAUGAGCUGGGGAAAACGAGUGGAUGCGAAGAAAUUGUCUCCGUUGAACAAUUCCCGAAACGACUUGAGAAGAUGGUUAGUGGAGCUUUUCUUUGCUACGAUCUUGAGUCGGAUUGGUCGUCGGAUGUCAAGGCUCUGUUCACCGGUGGUGCUUCGAUGACACCAUUGCGAAGAGAAUUACACAAAUUAAGAGUCGUCAAAUCAUCGACUGAGCUCGCUUGCAUGAGUCAUGUGUGCACGCUGGGUGCACAAAUGAUGACGGCGAUGAUCGCUGAGUCGAGGGAAGUCACAAAUGAAAAUGAGAUCCGUGGACGUUUGGAGUUUGAGGCGCGCAAAAGAGGAGCUGAGAAUCUUGCCUACAUGCCGGUGAUCGCUGGCGGUGCUCGAGCGAACGUGAUUCACUAUAUGGAUAACAACGCGUCGUUGCACAAUGGAGAUACGGUACUCGUCGACGCUGGAUGUGAUGCGGAGGGAUACGUUUCUGAUAUUACACGGUGUUUCCCGGUCUCUGGUGAAUGGUCGGAUUCGCAACGCGUGCUUUAUGAGGCGCUCAAUUUAGUGCAAACGAAUCUAUUGGUUUAUGCGAAUUCAGUUGAACAAAUAUCUCUUUCGAAUCUUUUCCAAAAAAUGAUCGAGUUCUUGGCGGCGGCAAUGACCGAUGCUGGCGUUUUACCGGAUGGAUUGAGUGGUCAAGAGUUGGCAAAGGAAGCUCAACUCCUUUGCCCGCAUCAUGUUUCGCAUUAUCUCGGAAUGGAUGUACACGAUUGUGAAACGAUGGAGAAGCACAUUCCAGUGCAACCGGGAACCGUUUUCACAAUUGAGCCAGGUGUCUACGUGCAAGCGACGAACCGGGUUGUGCCGAAAGAGUUCCGCGGAAUCGGUUACCGAAUCGAGGACGACGUGGUGAAAACCGAGAGUGGAAUCUGUGUUCUCACCGAAUCCUGUCAACGCGACACCGCCAGCAUCGUGGCGUUGAUGGGGAAA